AUGUGUUGGAGUGAUGUUUGUUGGAUAAAGGAUAAUCUGGAAUUGCAGUUACAAAGUCCAACCCUAAAAAAUUAUACUCAAACCAAUAUUGAAAACUUUCGAAAUGUUAUUAUCACAAUUUUUUGUGUACCAUUUGGCCAAGGACUUGUUACCACACUUCGUACUUCACAUAACGAAAUAUUUAAUAGAAAAAUUCUCAAGUACUUGGAUAAACGAAUUGACUAUUGGGCUUCUUAUAAUACUCGUCAUGCAUUAGCUGUUCUUGGCCAGAAUGAUGAAUUGGAUGUUAUGAUGGCUAAAGUUUACACAGCAGCUACCAAUAAGGAUUUCUCAUAUCCUGAUAUGUGCAAUAUACUGAACUUUGUUAAGGAAAGAUCUCAAAAGGUUUCUAUAAAUCAUAAUACCAUUCAACAACGAAAUGAAGCAAGAAAGGAAAAGUUCGCUAAUGAUAGAAAGGAGCUUUCUGGCUUUAAUUUUGACAAAGCUUGGGGACGACUUGGAAUACUAAAACAAUGUUGGGAAUUGGCUCCAAUUAUAUUACUUACAGCAACAUGUACACGUUCUGAAGUAAAUGAAAUUUGUGCAAACUUGACUAUAGAAGAGAAUAAUUUUGCAUUGAUCCGUGGUUCUACAAGUCAUCGAUCAGAAAUAAUUUUCAAUGUGCGAGAGAGAAAAGAAAUACGAGAUCAAUAUGUUACUGAAAUAAUAAGUAUUAUAAAUGCCAAUUUAUUUGGCCGCAUUAUUAUAUAUUGUGCAAUACACUCCAGUUGCGAAUAUCUUUAUAAUAAGUUACAGGAAAAUUUGGCUGAUAUAAUAGUUGAUUAUUUCCAUAGUGGUUUAUGA